UUGGUAAUCAGCCUUGCUACAAGGCUGCCCCGCUUAGAUCCCGGGCGAGCCAAUGACAUAAGUGUACAUCAUUUACGUCGCUGGGCCUCAUGCGACAUCUUCCACAUUAAAUUCCACCGACGAUAGGACAUUGUGUUAUAACAUCGGAUAUGUCUCGCGACAUCUCUAGACAGGUCUCCUACAUUCCAACUCGAUAGAUGAUCCAACCUUCAAUGACCUAAUCUCCAUCAUCCAAAGCCUUAACAAUGGCACCUCUCCUCGAAGAUCCCCGAAUCCGACAGACCUGGAACCAGAUCUCGCAGAACGCCGAAUCUGCAACUGAGAAUGCUGCUGCGGGGAUUUGGACGUUUCAACAUACAUACAUCAACCCAUGCUUAUCCUCAAUCGCGUCCAACUUCGAACAGUGUACCGGACAUUGUUGUGGGGAUAGAGAGGAACGCGCCCGACGGUUGCGAGAUAGAGGACGGACAAGAGGCAGAGCUGAAUUAAGCUUCGACUUCUACGACGAUUGGGACGAAGAUGAAAGUCAUGGUAAUAGAGGAGUGUUAGGAGGCUGGGGAAAUGAUGAAUUGGAUCGUUUGCUUGCUGGAAGUGGUUCGCAUAGCGGCCCAAGUGAUCAAGCACCACGGCGAAAACGCGGGAUGAGUUAUGGUACAAGACCGAGAAGGAAAAGUCUGGAUCCAGAUCCGACUGUCAUACCGAGUACAAGUGCUUUGGGAUUUCUAGGUCGACUACCAUUCAAGCUAGGUGGCACGUUGAGAUAUAAGCCCAGCGCGGCAGAUUUACAAGAUCACCCAGGAGCACGAGGCACCGAGAUUAGGGAGGAGGAGGGCGAGCCCUUGAUGUCGGAUCACAGUGAUGACGAGAGACCAGGAACGAAAGGUCACACCAGAAACCGCAGCUCUACAGCGAGCUCUGGUGAAACAUCAGAUUCAUUCAGAUCUCGAGGCGACCUAUUUCCAAGCGACGGAGAAGACGAUGCAGUUCCUCUGGAUGACGAGUUUGCGAUGGUGCUUGAGAGAAGAAUGACCAAUACAGUUCCCGAUGAUAGGAGCAGUGGAAAGACAAAGAGUAGCAAGGGCAAGAGGCCCUCUGCGCCCAGGACUCUUUCGAGGACAUUGUCUAGGACAACACAAUCAUCACAAACGAGACCUGGACUCGGUCAACGGGCGAGCUCUUCAUCAUUACCACAUACUCCUGACAUUACGAGCCCUAGCGUAGUUGAGGUGCCAUCAUUGACGGAUUUGCAGCAAGAAGAAGAGAGAGUGCGACUUGAGGAAGAGCAAGAAGUAGAGAGGAAACGGCAAGCUGCUGUUAAACUAGCAAUGGAACGUGGCCUUCAUGCUGGAGAGGGCUCUGAAACAACCAUCACAGAGUCGAAGGUAGAUCCUCCAACAGUUGCAAGCAUCGAGGCAGAAGCUCCAGGUCCAGAUGAAAGUACCGACAUCGUGGUGGAUACUCCGCAAUCUGUUGACGUUCCUGUCACACACUCUUCAGCUCCUGUUACGACUAACUCGGACAAGGAAAGUCGACCUCCAAUGGAAACCGAGUUUGUGCCUGCUAGGUUACCACAUUUUAGUUGAGCAGGUCUUGCAUUAUAGCAAUUCCUCAAAUAACACAAGUCUACACUUCCGAGAGGUCUUUGGGUGGUUGUAGAUGAAUGGCGUUAUAUAUAGCAUGCGAAGUG